GUGGAACUCGUCCUCAGUUGUACUAAGACAGUUGAAUGGUUGAGACUUGCACGGCGAGGCAAUCAAGAAUGUACAAUGAUGUUUCUAUCAAUGUCUUCAGAAUCGUCGUCGAUCUUCUUCGCCCAAGCAGAUACAUUGAACUAGAAGUGGUGGAGUUGAGAGACGAAUCAUUCACAUUCAUCAUCACGUGUAGAGUUUGAGCUUCGUCCAAGGAGAUACAUUGGACUAGAAGGGGUGGAGUUGAGAGACGAAUCAUUCACAUUCCUCAUCACGUGUAGAGUUUGAGCUUCGUCCAAGGAGAUACAUUGGACUAGAAGGGGUGGAGUUGAGAGACGAAUCAUUCACAUUCCUCAUCACGUGUAGAGUUUGAGCUUCGUCCAAGGAUGUCACGUACCAUACCAUGGAAAUUGAAGAUGGUUACAAGAGAAGACUGGGAGCAGAAAUUGGCUGCAGCGGACGUGAGGAAGGAAGAUAUGAACAAACUAAUCAUGGAUUUCUUUCUCACUCAAGGUUACAUCGGAGCAGCUAAGCAAUUUCAGAUCGAGUCUGGGACGGAGCCAAACAUGAGCUUUGAGGAUGUGAGAAAGAGGAUGGAAAUUCGGAAUGCGGUGUGGAGAGGGGAUGUGGAGGAAGGAAUCAUGAAAGCAAAUGAGCUGAACCCGGAUAUUUUGGAUAGCAAUCCUCAAUUGUCUUUCGACUUGCAGCAGCAACAUGUGAUCGAGCUUAUCCGUGAAAGCAGAGUGAUGGAAGCACUGGAAUGUGCUCAAGAGAAUCUCGCGCCCUACUGCAUAGAACCGGAUGAUACUUUCUUCCGAGAGUUGGAGCGGACGGUGGUUUUGUUGGCCUUCAAAGAUCCAGCUUCUUGUCCGGUCGGAGAGUUGAUGGAUAUUAAGAAACGGGAGCAAGCAGCCAUGGAGAUCGACCAUGCUAUUCUCAUGAGCCAGGGUCACGAACGGGAUCCUAAGCUACAUUUCCUUUUGAAACUACUGGUAUGGGCGCAAACCAAACUGGGCGAGAAAGCUUCCUAUCCCCGUAUCGAUCACAUUUCUAAAGCACUGUAUGAACAUGAAGAUUGUUCGCGACGUUGAAAGUUGUGGUUGCAUGUUCUAGCUACAACUUUGAUGAGAUAUCUAUCUUUGUGGGGAUUUAUUAACAGUUCUAUCAUCUUCAAGGAACAUAGUAAGGCAACCGUGGGACUAUGUGUAGGUCCCCUUCUCUAAUAAGGUUCUUAUCAUCUCGAUAUACCACUUAUAUAUUUGAUAGACAUAUGUAUAUUUC